AUGAGAAAAUACAUUAUAACAAUAUAUUAUUUCCUGUUCCUUUAUGUGUUACAAGUUUACAGUAAAAGGUAUGCCUUCAUUAAAAAGGGUAUACCUGGAAUACCCAAGAAUUAUUUUAAAGGCUUCAAGUUGUACAAUUCGAAAGAAAUGAAAAAUUAUUGUGAAACUUCUAGAGUGGUGUGCACAGGUGUAGGAGUAGUAACAGGAGUAGGUAUUGGCAUAGAAAAAUUUUGGAAGAAUAUUAUAAAUGGAUAUACAUCAAUAGAUAAAAUUACAAAAUUUGAUGUAACUGGUAUGUCAUGCGGUAUUGGCAGUGAAAUAAAAAAAAGCGAUUUUAAUGCUAGUGAUUAUUACACUAAUAAAAAAGAUGUUAAUCGUAAUGAUGAUUGUACUCAUUAUGCAGUCGCAGCGACACGUUUAGCUUUAGACGAUGCAAAACUAAAUUUAGAAAAAUUAGACAAAGAUAAAACAGGUACAAUCAUAGGUAGUGGUAUAGGUGGAUUAAGUUUUUUAGAAAAAGAAAUGAAAACAAUGUAUGAAAAAGGACAUAAAAGAAUAACACCAUAUUUAAUACCUGCAAUGAUAGCUAAUACACCAUCUGGAUAUGUAUCUAUUGAAAAUAAUAUUAGAGGUAUCUCUCUUGGUAUGUUAAGUGCAUGUGCUACAUCUGGUAACACUAUAGGUGAAGCUUAUAGAUAUAUAAAAUAUAAAGAAUAUGAUGUUAUGAUAUGUGGUGGAACUGAAGCUAGUAUAACUCCUAUAAGUUUUGCUGGUUUCAAUUCUUUGAAAGCUUUAUGCACAGGUUAUAAUGAUAAUCCAAAAAAAGGUUGUAGACCUUUCGAUUUAAAAAGAAGUGGCUUUGUUAUGGGAGAGGGUUCAGGUAUUUUAAUUUUAGAAUCUUAUGAACAUGCAAUAAAAAGGAAUGCCCCUAUAUAUGGAGAAAUUAUUUCAUAUGCUUCAGAAAGUGAUGCAUAUCAUAUUACUGCACCAGAACCUAACGGUAGAGGUUUAAUAAAUUCUAUUCAUAAAGUAUUAAAGAAUGCAAAUAUAAAUACAAAUGACGUUAAAUAUAUUAAUGCACAUGGUACUUCAACACAUCUAAAUGAUAAAAUAGAAACAAAGGUUUUUAAAAAUGUUUUCAAGGAUCAUGCAUACAAAUUAUAUAUAUCAUCUACUAAAAGUAUGACAGGACAUUGUAUAGGUGCUGCUGGAGCUAUAGAAUCUAUUGUAUGUCUUAAAACUAUGCAAACAAAUAUUAUACCACCUACUAUUAAUUAUGAAAAUAAAGACCCAGAUUGUGAUUUAAAUUAUACACCUAAUAAAUAUAUUCAUGCAAAGCAAAAUAUUGAUAUAUCUCUAAAUACAAAUUUGGGAUUUGGAGGACAUAACACAGCAUUACUUUUCAAAAAAAUUGUAAAGUGA